UACUGCGCUCCCGCGCCCCGAGGCGGCCUGCCCUGCCACCGGCCAGCUGCGCCACGCUCCCCUCCCCUUCACCUUCAGCUCGCUGCCGCUGGCUCUACUUCACAGCAUCGCCGCCUUCAUUUGUGAGCGCCCUGCUUCGCUUCCAUUGCAUCACCAGUCACCACUCCCUGGGAGGUGAAAGCGCUCCGGCUGGUGGCUAGCGAGAUGGCCGGGGGAAGAGGCGGUGCAAGGCGGGGCGCCGUCGUCGUCGCCGCCGCGGCGCUCGCUGUCGCGUGCUGCUGCAUGGGCGUCGCCAGCGCGGCCACCUACUACGUCGGGGACGUCGGCGGCUGGUCCCUCAGCAGCGGGAGCUGGCCCAACGGCAAGCAGUUCCGCGCCGGCGACGUCCUCGUGUUCAGGUACAACCCGCUGAUGCACAACGUGGUGGCGGUGGGCGAGGACGGGUACAACGGGUGCACCACGCCGCCGGGGUCGAGGACCUACGAGUCCGGCAACGACGCCGUCACGCUCGCCAGGGGCGCCAACCGCUUCAUGUGCACCCGCUUCUACCACUGCAACUUCGGGAUGAAGAUGGUCGUCAACGCCGCCUGACCGGCUGCACCGCCAUGUUUAUCAAGUUCAAGAAAAGUUAGGCUCUCCUCUGUUGCAUUUGGUCGCCAUGAGGGUUGGUUUGGUUUGCAGUUCUAGCUAGCUGUGGGUGAUAAUGGGACUUUGUGUGAGUGUUUGACGACUAUCUUCGUGUGCUGUGUUGACUCUGACGGAUUGUGUUCGUUCUUAUUAUUUGUGAUGAAUGGGAAGUUCAAGUUCAUGUCUCUGCCUA